AUGCUAUCCGCCAGGUCAAGACAAGGAUCUCUGACACCCAUUCUGGAGAGAGCAUGCGCAGUUCACCUAACUAAGAAGGUGUCCGUUGUGUGUACGACCUGUGACAAUGCGUUUAUCUGCACCAAGUGUAUCAGCGCUGCCCACAAGGGUCACAGUUACAUCGACCUGGAGGAUUUCCUUGAUUCAAAGGAACAGAACAUCUCGGAGUUUCUAGAUCUCGAAGACAUCGACAACAAAAUUGCAACGAAACACGAGCAAAUUGAGAAACUUGCAGAGACUAUAUCGGAGAACAGGCUUCGCACAGACAAUGUGAUACAGGAGGUCAAGACCAGAGCGGAUGAACUUAAGACAGAAAUCGACAAAAUAGCAACAGAUUUAAUACGGGAAUGUAAGGUUCACGGCAGUAAGAAUCUGAACAGUCUUGAGAAGCUUGAACAGAGCUUGACGCGCCACUUAGCAUGUCUCAAGGCGGCCGCCAUUAGCCACCAGAAUUUGCCGCUCGACUCCUCUCCGUUUGAUGACAUGUUAAGGAGGGACUCUUUAAAGGAAGAAUCGCAAGCGGACAUCCCCAGCCUGACAUCAUUAAUGUUCAUCAAACAAGAGGAACACUCGACCAUCCUAAGGACGCUGUUCGGGUCGUUAAGGUGCAUCAGUGCGAAUAGUCCCUCUAACGUAGCAAAUCUGCCAGUAGGUAAAACGUCAAUCAAGAAAGCUCUAAGCAACGGUCGUGUAUUGGAUACACUGACGGGCGUGGCGGAUGGAAAGCACAUACAGGCUAUAUUUCCGUGUGAUGACAACGCGGCAUGGCUCGUCCCAGGCAAAAGUCAUCGGGUAAGACUAACGACACGAAAAGGCGAGAUUAUCCAGACUAUCUCGCUCGAGAGGGGUGUCGUCAUCAAUGACAUCAUGCGCACAGCUGAUAAAUACUUAACGACGAUCUGCUGUGACGAUGGUUCUGUGCGUCAGAUUCUGCCGAGUGGCAGAACCCAAUACUUAUUCUCUACCGGAAUCAACAUCUCCAAUAUUUGCGAGUUGUCUGCAUCCGGGUACUUUAUUGCUUGUCACUCUAUCCAGCGGAAACUUGUUAAAUAUAACCAGAGAGGGGACAUAAUCGAAACAGUGGACCGGGAUACCUACGGCGUCCGUCUGUUUACUAAACCUGUUCGUGUUCGAAUUAACAGAAAUAACGGUGACAUAGCUGUGGUGGAGUGGUCAUCUCCCGAGCAUGUGGUCAUUAUGAACGAAAAGCUACAGGUGAUAUCCCGUUUUUUUGGUGACUCAAAACGACGCCAUUCAUACGGUACACACGGGUCUUUCAAAGGUCAAGGAACAAAGGAGAAAGGACACUUCGAUCCAGCUGACGUCAUCUUCACGAAGAACAAUCACAUCAUUAUAGCUGAUGUUUGGACAAAUUCUCUUGUGAUGAUUGAUAGAAAUGGGAAGAAACUUAAAACAUCGUUCAAGUUUAACUUCCAGCCUCUGCGCCUCGGCCUGCAACCUAACGGCGACCUGUGGGUAGGCUCACAUGACGGGCACGUGCAGAUCAUGAAGUUCUGAUAAAGAGUAAAAUGUCAUGCUGAUUUUAGCAUUAUUGAAAUGAACGAUGACAUAGGUUCGGUGUAAUUCAAGUUAUUUCUUUUCUUUUUUAUUAUGUUACAAAAUAACAAGAUGCGUUCGGCGAAAGAGCAAUUUCUUUUCAUCGCGUUCAAUUGUUUGAGCGACAAACCAUGACAACUCAAUGAUUCAGUGUUUAUUAUCUAUAUACAGCUAUCUUAUAUGUUUCUCCAUUCAUAAAAAGUCAACUCAACACCCUAUUUUCCAAAUCAUUUCUAGCUAGAGACUCAAUGAUCGCUCCUCGGUCUGUGACAAACGUAAACAAAUCACUUCUAGCUAGAGACUCAAUGAUCGCUCCUCGGUCUGUGACAAACGUAAA